UUACACAGCCAGAAAGUAAAUGCAAAUAGCAGCUGGGUUUGACCUGAUAUCGACAAUGAUUUUACAGUCUAAAAUAGUAGUUGGCUAAUUAAAUUACACUUUUAUAAUACAAUUUAAGUAAAUGGUAUCCAGCUUUUCUAGCUGCAGCCGGUAAUGCCCGGCCGGCAUAUAUAAGGUUUUGCACAACAACAGGUGGACCCUGCCGUUAAUCCUUACUUCGCUCGAUGGCAGCACUUGCUCCGCUCGUAAAAUCGCAAUGUUAUUACAAGUUUUACAACGUACACUCUCAACCCUGCUCCGGCCUCGUCGCGCGCAGUUAUUUCGCAAUGGACGCACGGCACUACAAGUUCGCGCAAACUCGUCGUCUUUUGACAAAUGAAUCUCGAUAAUACUUGUGAUCGUCGUCGUCGUCCGCGCGAUUCACUACCUGCUACACCUCACUAGACCUGUUGCUAGUUAUUUUCUACUCGCAAAAAGAAGUGACGGUGCGCGAAAAGUGUUCGUGUGCCCCCGAGCACUGUGUGUGUGUGUGUGCAUUUCGUUGUGUGUAAAUAUACAGAUGCGUAGUACGGAUGCCCAUGCACGCCUGCUGAAUGUUUGAAAUCGACUCCGAGCGGCUCAUAUACACGAGACAGGGAGCGAGAGGGAGACAGAGCGAGAACGAAAAAGCGCGCGAUUACUUCCCUCGUCUCGUCGGCGGCAAUGGAUGAUAAUAGCAAGAAACUCGAUCGCGAGCGUGCCAAACUCGACGAAAAGGAGCAGCAAUGCUUGAAUCGUCAGCAGCAGCAGCAGCAACAACAACAACAAGUGGUUAAUGUCAAGAUGAUGCCGGAUUUGACCGAUGUGACGAUUAUCAGCACGCCGCAACCUCAAGCCUCCUCGACCGUUCAUCGACGUUCGCUAGUACAAAAUAAUAUACACAAAAAACAUCCAGAUGGGCCACCCACCAAGCAUCGUCAACUUACUUUUGAUCAAAGCAAUAUGACAGCUGUCUCUGACGAAUCAUCUCUUGGAAUCAUACACAAUAUAUCUUCAUUAAUAGAUGAUAAAGGAAUGACAGAGGAAACAUUUCAAAAAGGAAAUCCAAUGAGAGAAAGGGAGCUCGCUCGUAUGAGUUUAAAAAAAUUCGAUAAUGCUCUUGAAUUAAUCUCAAGGGCAAAAAAUGAAAAUGCUAAUAUUAGUACAAAUUCCUCACGAAAAUCUAGCAUCAUUAAUUCAUCUGCUGGUAAUCAAAAUACUGCAAAGUCUUCUAUGUUUUGCUCAAACAAUAAUGAGCAAAGUAAUAGUAAUAAGCUAACAUUUAAUCCAGCUGAAAUUACUGCACGUUCUUCAGAAGUCAAGGAAAAAUUAUAUGAAACAACAGACUUUAAUGCAAUUUCAGGUAUUGAAAAUAUAAGCUAUAAUUAUGAAUUGAUGGGGCAGUUUGGAGAAGAAGAGUUUUUGUCUGGAUCAAAAGCAGAGAAACAAUUAAUGGCAGAUGAAUUAUCCUGGAAAAAACAUGAAGACUCAAUGUCUAAAAACAAAAAUGAGCAUUUAGAGUUUUCAGGUUUUUCUGGAAUCGUCGGUGAAAAUGUACAAAUAAAUGGUGAAAUAAUGCCAGUGGAUGAUUUUUUUAAAAAUAAAUGUGGCAACUUUGGAGAAUUAUCCUUAGUCAGUAACUCUGCUAGACCAAGUUUGGGAUUUGGAGUUGUACAAAGUCCAAAAAGACAAUUACGGCCAUUAGCUGACCAGACACAAAAUUCUCUUUCCGAAGUAUCCAUUGAUCCUUAUAAAAAAGAAUGUCUUAGUGCAGAUAUUACAAAAGAUCCCAGUGUUAUGAGCUACAGUGCUAUUGCUCAAUUUAUACAAAAUUAUGAUGGUGAUUCAGAAGGAAAAUCUCCAAGGUUAUUAGUAGAUGACGUAUUAGAAUAUAAUAAAUUAAAAAAAAAAAAGUCACAAAAUAAAAAACUGGAGCAAAAAACUUUUACAGUUGAUAUAACUGACAAAUAUAAUGCUAAAACACUACUGAGGAAUGAAACACUCAUAGAUGAUUGUCAACUUAGUGCAAAUGAUUGUUAUCAAUUACAAUCAACUAGUCAGGCAACAGAUUUACAAUCUACUCAGUUAGUAGAAGCUGAUGAAAAUAGCACGUUAACUGAAAUUGACUCAUCUAGUAGAAAAAGCAGUAGAAAUAGAUUAUCAACUCAGUUUAGUUCUCAUAAAGGUUCUGAAGUAUCUGUGCCUCGAGCAGAACAGUCAACAAAUUUAUCACAUAGAAAAUUAUCACACAUGAAAGCAAUUAAAAAUGUUGAAAAUUCUACUUCAAUCAAGAAUGAUUCCAGUUUGAUUCAUGAUACUAGGCCUUCUAACAUACAUGAACCAACUUAUUCUUCUAUUAAUUCUUCUAAAGAAGAUACAUUAACUAACUCCAAGGUUCAAGACAACACUUAUGAGAAUAAACAAUUUGAAGUUAGUAAACGCUCCCAAGAGCUAUGCACAUGUUUAAUUGGCAUUCCAAAAGAAGCAGAUAUUGAACUGCAUAACGGAACUGAUAGGUGGAUGGUAUGUGUAAUAAAAUUGAACCAAUUUCUCGGAGAUUUGAAAAACAUUAAUCUUAGCGUGCCAAAAGAUAAUAUAUUAAUAGAACCAAAUGCUCGUAAAUCCUUAAAGAUAGGAGUAAUUAUGUUUAAAGAAGCAAAAUUAUCAUUUGCGGAUUUCAGUAUUUGCUGUCAGGAUAUGGUAACGAAAUCGGAAUUAAGUAUUAAACAUCAAAUAUGUUUUGUUGCUGAAAAACCAGAUAUCGAAUUGUCUGGAAUUCUUGACAAUAAUUUUUUAGAUUUUGGAACUAUUACCGAAGAUAUUAACAAUAGUUUAUCUAUUACCUUAGAAAAUAAAAAUUCAGUGAAUGUACCUGUAGUAAUAAGUUUGUAUGAGAAUUCCAAGAAAUUAUUUAGUAUUAUGGAAAAUUCUAAUGAUUCUUCCAUCACAGCCCAGUAUCAGAAAGAAUCAAUCAUUAUUAACUUAAAACCUAAACAUCCUUUUCAAUUACACAUAAAUUUUGAAGGAACAUCACUUGAAUCCCUUGGAGAAACAGCUUUACAGAAAAGUAUAUACCAAGUUGAAGCCAAAUUAAAAGUAUCUAUUUGUUCAAUAGACGACGAAGAAUAUCCAAUAUAUGAUAUUAAUCUUAAAGGUGGAAUAGGUUCUUGUAAAUUAGAUUUCAUGGAUGUCAAGUUUCCACUUAUACUUUCACCCAAGAUUCUUAAAAUUAUAAAUCUCAAGAAUUCGGGUAAUAUGAAUGUUUCAGCAAAAGUUGAUAUUGUUCAAUCUAAAGAGAGUCAAAUUGAAAGCAGAGACUUUUAUAUAUGCCCAAAUACUAUUUCACUGAGAAAUGGAGAAAAGCUAGCUUUACAAAUUUCUUACAAACCAGAAAAAAAUAAGACUGACUUGGAAAGACAUGCCAAUAUUAGAAUUACUGUUGGUAAUAAAAUAACUUUUUAUCCAAUUAUUGGAGAAAAAAUUAAUGAUGAAUCACAGAAUGGUGAUUCUUUUCAUCAACUCCAACGAUCUAAUACACCUCUAGGACUGAGAUCUUUUGAUUCAUCAUCAUCGCCUCAUAGUUUCAUUGGAUUCAAUAAGUCUCAAAAUUCCGGACGAAAUUCACCCGGUAGUACAUUAUCUGGUAAUGCAGUUGCUGGAACGCCUGUUCCAAUUCGUUCAACACAUACUGCUCUUGUUUGGGGUAGUGUACGAACAGGAAAAUCAGAUAUGAAACAAUUUACUAUACGUAAUGACAGUAACAGCAAAAUCAAACUUUUAGUCACAAUUAAAGCAGAUGGUCAAAAUUUUAAAUUUUGCAAAGAUAGACAAACGGUUGCAACUUCUAUGAGUCUAUCGCUUCAAGGAAUGGAAAGCAAAACAUUGUCUGUAUUAUUCACCCCAAGUAUUGCUAGGGCAGCAGCUGGUAAAAUUAUAUUUACCCAUUACAGUGCAAUACAUGGGCGACGAGAAGCUCAGGGUCUUAUGAAAGUGGUUCAGUUAUAUGGAUAUGGAGGAUAUGGAAAACUAAUCAUAUCUGAAGCUGUUAAAGAUACCAGUGGUGAAAUGUGGCUUUCUUUAGGAAAAUUAAAUUCUGAUGAUAUUCACAGAGCCAAAAUUAAGCUGGAUAAUUUUGGAGACUUGAAAUGUUUUGCAAAAGUAAAGUUGAAACGCAAAGCUUUACAUCCGUCUUCUUCAUCAAGUUGGCAAAUAAGUCCUACUGAAAUUUUGCUGGAUUCUCAUGAAACUCAAUGGAUAACCCUUGAGUACCGUCCUAAACGAGAUGAUCUUGUGAAUAUUCAUCAAACUGGAGUAAUUCAUGUUGGAACAUUGGUAAUAACCCAUGGUGAUGAACCAACUAGAUUGCGUAUUAGAAGACUUUAUAAAAAAUUAAAAGACUCUGAGGAACUUAGUGACAAAGUUGAUGAACAUUCAGAUGAUUUUAAGGAUGUUAUAGAUCAAAUUUCAAAAGCAUUUCCAGGGGAAGUACUUUUUUCAGAUCUUAGAUGUAUUGGUGAUUCCGUUCAAAAUCUUGGAGAUUUAUGUAAAGGAAUUAGUCAAAGUGAAAUUAAGCUGACAAUUGAAUUACAGCCUGAUGAAACGAUUUCAAUGUUGCAAGACAAUAUGGAUGAUUCACAAAUAUUUCACUCUUUAUGCGAUGAUGAUGAAUCUCAUUUAGGAGGGGAAAGUUUUAUGCCUGAAUAAUUGUUAUUAUGGACUUGAAUAAGUCCGAUUCUGAUGCACAUAAUUAUUAAACCAUGUGUGUAAAGUACAAGGAUGAAAUUUUGUACAAAAUGAAGUAUUUUUUAUAGAUUUAUAAAGAUUUAAAUGAAUUUUUUUAUGUAAACAUAGUAAUA